AAUUCGUCUCUAUAACCAUCCCAUAAGUUAAUACUAAUUCCACAAUAGUUAAUAGCUUCAAAGAAAAAAAAAAUUAAUCCAUACAAGUUUGAAAUGGACAACAUUUUUUCAAUAUCAGGAAUUAGUCCUUCAUUAAUGGGCAAGAAGAUAGCUGAUGAUCUCAAUCAAUUUUUUUGUAUUUUUCUAAUGUGUACCAUUCUCAGCAUCCUAAGCACAUUUCAAGAUUUAUAUUCUUGUUUUUCUUUUCCAUUCCGAGCAAUUCUUUUGUUCUUCAUCACUGUCAGAAAUGCGUUGACUCGAGGUAAGCAUGAUAGUAACGCUAAUGCUGAUGCUAAAAAUUCAUCAAACACCUCGAAAAGUUGUGUCCAUGAUCAAAAUCGCGAUAACGAGGAAUUACUAAAGGAAGAUGUUGAGGUAGUACUUAUGGAUAAGCUAAUGAGCUUUUGCAAUCCAAAUGGGGAUAAAAUAAAGGAUAAGACAGAGUUGGCAGAGGUUUCGGGUUUAUUUGAGGAAGUAGAACCUAGUUUUGGAGAAAUUAAGGAAGCUUUUGAUGUGUUUGAUGAAAAUGGAGAUGGAUAUAUUGACGCAAGUGAGUUGAUGAAACUUAUGUGGAGAAUGGGUUUCACUGAAUUUUCAGUGGAUGAUUGCAACAAGAUGAUUAUGGCAUUUGAUGAAAACAGAGAUGGAAGAAUUGAAUUUCGUGAAUUUUUGGAGCUCAUGGAACAGAGCUUUCGGGAUUCUGAGGAGAGUUAAGACUGAUUUUUUUUUUCUCUUUUGGAUUACUACUCAUAAAGCAUUCAGAGCAAAAGGUGUAAAUCCAUUAAUAAUGUUGUCAUUUACCCAAUUUAUCUAGAUAACAUUGGGUAAAAUUACGAGUUUCCUCCUUUUUUUGGCCCAUGUGAA